CACAAAAAAAAUCCCCUUUAUUGCUAGGAAAAUACCCACCCAAACACAGCUCCACCGACGUCCAGAUCAUCCCGUUUAACCGCGAAAACAAUAACGGCAAUAACAAUAUCUGUCACACACGGAGAGGGACAGGUCUGUCAUUUCCAAAAGCAGCGGCUGCACCGCCGUUAAAACCAGAUAGAUCCCUCUCUCUAGAGAUCGAACCAAAACUAAACAAUGGGUUCACUUCCACCGUUCCUAGACCUCCCUUCGCCAGAUGCCAAGUUCCAGCAAAUUGACCAAACCACCCUUCUCAACCUCUUCAAAUCCCAACAAAACCACCUCAACUACUUCUUCCAAAACCUAAAUCUCUCCCAAGCCUUAACCUUCACCCAAACGCUUCUCAACUGUAACGGCACUAUCUUUUUCUCCGGCGUCGGCAAGUCCGGCUUCGUCGCCAAUAAAAUCUCCCAAACCCUAAUAUCUCUCGGCAUUCGCGCCGGUUUUCUCUCCCCUGUUGACGCACUCCAUGGCGACAUCGGGGCCCUCUCCUCCUCCGAUAUCCUCGUCCUCUUCAGCAAAUCUGGGAACACCGAGGAGUUGCUCCGUCUUGUUCCGUGUGCCAAGGCGAAAGGUGCGUAUUUGGUGUCGGUGACGUCCGUUGAAGGCAAUGCGCUCACGGCUGUUUGUGAUAUGAAUGUGCAUUUGCCUUUGGAGAGGGAAUUGUGUCCAUUUGAUUUGGCUCCUGUGACUUCCACAGCGAUCCAGAUGGUUUUUGGGGAUACCGUCGCGAUUGCGUUGAUGGGAGCGAGGAAUUUGAGUAAGGAAGAGUAUGCCGCUAAUCAUCCUGCUGGAAGGAUCGGCAAGAGCUUGAUUUUCAAGGUUAAGGAUGUGAUGAAGAAGCAAAAUGAGCUUCCAAUCUGUAAGGAAGGAGACUUGAUAAUGGAUCAGCUAGUGGAGUUAACGAGUAAAGGAUGCGGCUGCCUGCUUGUUAUAGAUGAGGAUAGUCACCUGAUCGGAACAUUUACAGAUGGUGAUCUACGGCGCACUCUCAAGGCUAGUGGGGAAGGCAUCUUUAAGCUUACAGUAGGAGAAAUGUGCAACAGGAACCCAAGAACAAUUGGUCCAGAUGCAAUGGCGGUGGAAGCCAUGAAGAAGAUGGAAUCACCACCAUCCCCUGUACAAUUUCUGCCUGUUAUCAAGGAUGAUAAUAUCUUGAUCGGCAUUGUUACCCUGCACGGAUUAGUUUCAGCUGGCCUUUGAUAGAAAUUGGGAUUUUAUUUUUCUAAUGUUCAUGGUUUUUUCUUUCUUUUCUCCAUUCUGUGAUUCUUUUUAGUAUUAAAAAACUGGAAUCCACCCAUGAGCCAGGGUUCUCUUGUAUUCUUAUAUCAUCAUUGUUUCAAAAAAUAAUGGAUUCGAUGUGUUUGUUCUC